UUAAUUUUCUACGGCCAAAAGACAUCCGAGUUGUUUCUUUCCGUACUUCGGUUGCUCGUCGGGCGCGUUUCGAGUCGGGCGGCCGCCUCACUUCGCCGUGAGACCGCGAAAGUUUUGAAACAUUUUUUUUUUCAUCAAAACAUGCAACAGUUAGCUGGAGCGUGAGCUAACUAGCAGAAGCUAACCGUCGCUAAGAUACUUAGGCGAACGUUUCGACUGACGUUUUAAUGUUGAAUUUUAACGGGACUAACGCGAAGCAAAUGUAACUUAAUAAAGAAUCAAGAUUUGAGCGCAGGGGGGGUUUUCAAUUAGGUGACUUUUUGGCGUAUACUCCCGUCGUUCGCUGACGCGGACGUUGGUUAACGGUGGCUAACUAUACCUUGAUUACGUUAACUUGGUUUCACCGGAGCUCGAGCGCUAGCUAAAGCAACGUGUCUCAUUUCCGCAUUCAUUUGUCUGCGGAGUGCCAGGGCCAUGUUGAAGAUGUCUGGCCUGAACAUUUCGCGUUGAUUCGCUCAGGGACUUCUACAUCGUGUUUAUCUAAAAACGGGCCGCCUAGACGCUGACUUGUACCCUCUGGGAUCCGGCUACGUCCCUGAAAUUGACAGUGUCCAUGACAUAUCAGUUGGCACAAAGAGGGGAUCCGACGAACUCUUUUCUUCCUGCAUAUCCAACGGGCCCUAUAUCAUGAACUCAGCCAAUGGCAACGACACCAAAAAAUUCAAAGGUGACGUCCGCAGUCCUGGUGUUCCGUCACGUGUGGUCCAUGUACGCAAACUGCCCAAUGACAUAAAUGAGGCUGAGGUUAUUGGGCUGGGACUGCCCUUCGGGAAGGUCACUAAUUUGCUGAUGCUGAAAGGGAAAAACCAGGCGUUCUUGGAACUGAACAGCGAGGAGUGUGCACAGACGAUGGUGAGCUAUUAUUCCUCUGUCACCCCUGUCAUCAGAAACCACCCCAUUUACAUGCAAUACUCAACUCAUAAGGAGCUCAAGACGGACAACUCCCCCAACCAAGUGCGUGCCCAGGCAGCUCUGCAGGCAGUCAACGCACUGCAUGGAGGUGGGAUGGGAAGCAUGGCCAUUUCUGCAGAUGCCAGUAGCAUUGGAGGUGCAGGUGCCCAAAGCCCUGUCCUCAGAGUCAUAGUGGAAAACCUCUUCUACCCAGUCACCCUGGAUGUGCUUCACCAGAUUUUCUCCAAAUUCGGCACUGUGCUGAAAAUCAUCACGUUCACAAAGAACAACCAAUUCCAGGCUCUAAUCCAGUAUGCCGAUGGAAUGACAGCUCAGCACGCCAAACUGUCUCUGGAUGGACAGAACAUCUACAAUGCCUGCUGUACCCUGAGAAUCAGCUUCUCCAAGCUCACCAGCCUCAAUGUGAAGUACAACAAUGAUAAGAGCAGAGAUUACACCCGACCAGACCUGCCCACUGCAGAUUCACAGCCCUCCAUUGACCACCAGGCCAUGGCAGCUGCUGCAUUUGCUGCACCAGGCAUCAUCUCAGCCUCUCCCUAUGGUGGAGCCCAUGCCUUCCCCCCAACCUUUGCCAUCCAGCAAACAGGUCUGUCGAUGCCUGGCAUUCCCAGUGCCCUGGCGUCCCUAGGUGUUGGCCACGGUGGCAUGGCGGCUGCAGCAGCGGCCGCUAGCCGGCUUGGCCUGUCAGGGCUUGCUCCCCAAGCUGGACACAAUGUCUUGUUGGUCAGCAAUCUGAACCCUCAGAGCGUUACGCCACACUGCCUCUUUAUUCUUUUCGGUGUUUAUGGCGAUGUGAUGAGAGUGAAGAUCCUGUUCAACAAAAAGGAGAAUGCUCUAAUUCAGAUGUCUGAUGGCACACAGGCUCAGCUAGCAAUGAGCCACCUGAACGGCCAGCGUCUUCAUGGCAGAGAUAUGCGUGUGGCGUUUUCCAAACACACCACAGUGCAGCUGCCCAGAGAAGGCCAUGAGGACCAAGGCCUCACAAAGGACUUCAGCAACUCACCGCUGCACCGCUUCAAGAAGCCCGGCUCCAAAAAUUACUCCAACAUCUUCCCACCCUCUGCAACGCUCCACCUCUCCAACAUACCGCCGUCUGUGGUAGAGGAUGACCUCAGGAGGCUUUUUGCCAGCUCAGGAGCCACAGUCAAGGCCUUCAAGUUCUUUCAAAAAGACCGCAAGAUGGCCCUGAUCCAGAUGGGCUCAGUCGAGGAAGCAAUCGAGUCCCUCAUUGAGUUCCACAACCACGAUCUUGGGGAGAACCACCACCUUCGAGUGUCCUUCUCCAAGUCCACCAUCUGAGUGCCUUUCCUUCCUCCCUCCAAGUCUUUUGCCAUCUGAAAGCUACUUUUGUCAAGGUUGCCUUCAGUGGAAAUGACCACCAUUAGAUAUUUAUGGCUGUGGUUCUUUGUAGAACGUUGCUCUUUACACCUCCAUCCUUAAUUAUUCCCCAUUAUUACAAGUUUUCGGUAUGGGAUUUGAUUUGAUUCCACCUCUGAGUUCUAAUUUGUCAUCAUAAUACACCAAGAUAAAUUAACGUUAAAUGCCAUUUUCUUUUGAUUUACAGUGAAUGCAAUAUAUUUCUAAUUACGCUAAUUAACCCAAACUUAAUCAAUCAUUUGUUUCAUCAUAAAGUUUGGUGGGGUGUAAAGUGGGGUGUUGGGAAAUGGGCAACAUUUUUCAAAGAAACAUGUCAUAAUUAUAUUGGAGGUAAAGUAGGGGCAGCUGAUGAACUGUCACUUUAGACCAAAUCGCUUAAAAAGAAAAAAGAAAACUAAAAAAAAAAACACCCUCCACCAUGGAUGUAUGCUUAUGUGGAUGAAACGUGUCCACACCAGACACACUUCAGCAUUCCUUUUACUAUGAUAGUCGUGUGGAUAUAUCUGUUUGUGUGUGCCUUUUUUGAAAUGCCACUUUGAACCUGUUUGGCCAGUCAGAAACGGUUUGAGACAAAGGAUUUUGUUUUGGCUCACAGACCACCCAGCAAUUUAUUUCCCUAGUAUCCAUUUUUUAUUUCUGUUCUCUUGUAAGUACCCACCUAUUUGCUUCGGGGAUCCAGACCACUAUCUGAAGUUACUCAAUAAGGACACAUAUUUUUUUUUUUUUCUUUUUAAUAUCUCUAUCCACAGCCUUGUGCCUUACUUUGCCCCCACCAAGUUGCCUAAAGCGUAGCUCAGGCUUCAUUUGGAAAAAACGUAGCGCUCAAAAUCUUUUCAUGCCUUUUUGAUGUUACCAGCAUUGUUUGGGGGGGAAAGUGGCUCAUUCGAUCUUCUGUUUCCUCUUAAACACACAAAUGUUUAUCUAAGGAUUUGUAUGCAUAUAUCCCCAUUAUAUGUAUGUAGAAACUAUGAAUGUAAGUCAGUUAGAUGCCUAAUAUUUUUGCUAGGUGAUGUAGCUCUGUCAGGUGUGUUGUGGCAGGAGUAGAGCUGUCUUACAGUCUCCAUUCACCUCCAUUUAGUCCUUUCUCAGUAAGGACAAUGGUGUUUGGUGCUUCAUUUAACCAUAUUAUGUCCAUCUAUACGUGGACACAUAUAUAUUCAUUUAUCUUUUCUUUUUAAUGUUAGCAUUUACAUGUGUAUCACUUCUGAGCUUAACUGAUACCUAUGUGUAGUGGCUGGGUUCGAUCAUUAUCACAGUGCCUUGAGUUUUUAAUCUGAGGCUGAAACACUUUCGUGCCUCCUCAUUUGACUUUGUUUACCUCUCGUUCAGGUGUACGAGCUUACCUGUCUGCAAAGAUGCCUUUAAUUCAUAAUUUUCAGGUGAUCCUACCUGUGAGAGGGCAGCUCAGAGGCAUUUGUCAAUUGAAAGUAACACCAGUCUAAAAACCCACUUUAUAUUAUUUUUUUUCUUAAAUUCAAAAGUCAGGAUAUUACACGGUGGGACAGCCCUCACCCGGUCCCUGUCUGUGUCCACUUACACCACAGUCAGGUUCUUUAGUGCACUUUUCCUCAACGAUAGGUCCAAGUUGGCACCAUCACGCUGAAGUCUUAAACGUCGUCACAUUCCUGCGUGCCUCAAAGCACCAGUUUCCACAGCCUCGACCACUGUAGUUUUGGACCAGAUACAGACACGCUCUGUCUCUAUUUUUGUAAAAGAUUAAUAUGCAUGGUUUAACAAAGUUUCAUGUAGCUGCAGACGGUUAUUGCUGUUAAGGACCAAAGUAUCUUCUACCCCCUGCUGUUUUGUAGUGUUGUGGUUUCUUAAAGGUUUUUUCACAGUCCUGCUAUUCAACAAGUACACAAGGCUCCACGUUCCUUAUUUCUGUUUCUCAGAUGCCUUGGACAAAAGUCGCAUGAUGUUGAAAUGUCUGAGUUUCAACUUAUACUGUAUAUUGUAUCCCUUUUUGUUUGACUUUACAAAGAGCCUACUUUGGUAGAGAUUGCUUUAGAAUGGAUACGUGAUUGAAACACAGUCGUAGCUGUGAUGUUGACAGUGUAGAAGAUUAUAUAUGCCUUUCAGUUUUUGUUAAAAGCUUUUAUUUUUCUCUCCUUUUUUAUAUGGGGGCGGGGUGGGGUUAUUGUAUGAAGCGGGGUUGAUGGUUGUAUAUAUUCAUGUUUUUGUACCACAAAAUCAUUUGGAUUAUAUCCACUUUAAGUUCAAAACAUGUAUAUUUUGAUAAAACAAUACAGACCUAUUGAGCUCUCUGGAGCUGUAAAAACAAAAAAAAAACUUUUGUAACACAAAGACAUUAAACCUAUCUGAACACAGAAGUGUCUCUGUAUGUGCCCCGCUCCCCCCCUCCCACUUCUUGCCAUACUGUUCUUGUCUCUUGCAUCUUCUGCUGCCUUCAAUAAAUCUUUAGUUUGUUCCUUCUUUCA